AUGCUUGCUGAAAUUGAGAUAAAAGAGUUUGAAAAGCAUUGGGAGGCAAUGUUGGAUGAGUGUGGAGUCCAAGAUGUAGAGUGGGUUCAGGAUCUAUACACGAAGAAAUUAUAUUGGGCAACUGCAUACAUACACGGUAGGUUCUUUGCUGACAUCAGGACGACAUCGCGAUGUGAAUCGCUGCAUGCGAAGCUAGGUAGGUUUGUGGAGAGGAGGAAUGCGAUACUCGACUUUGUGAUGAACUUCCAGCGUUGUGUUGAGUUCCUCAGAGAUAACGAGGAUGAGAUGGACUUCCGGUCGUCGUAUGGGACCCUCGUACUACAUACUCAGUUUCCAGAAAUAGAGAAAUCUGGAGCAAUGAAGUAUACCCGAGAGAUAUUUUCAAGGUUCUGUGAAUCCUUGCAAAGGUGUGUUCGGAUAACUGUUGUGGAGAGUCAGCCACGUGAGGGCGGUACUAUUUAUGUGACCCAAAAGUAUAUGCGAUCGGGAAGAAAGUGGAAUGUUAUCCAUGUGUUGGCUUCGGAUAAACAUACGUGCAGUUGCCAAAGAAUGGAAUCGUUUGGGCUACCUUGUGUGCAUAUACUCUCAGUUUUGGUUCGGUUAGACGUGGGUUCUUUUCCAGACACCUUGGUCUUGGAGAGGUGGACUAAGUCGGCCAAGUUCGGAUGGGAGCAUUUCUGCAGCACUGCAAGCGUUUGGCUCAGCUUGUGUGUAACAACGACGACUUAUUCAAGUUGUAUUCAAAGCAGAUAG